GUUGAAAUCAUAACGCGCCGACCAGUAAGAGCGUACAAAUACUCCUCAUGCUUACUCCAAUUCAAUCCGGCAAAAGGUACCUUUUAUACCCCGAACACACGUGUAUAGAUCUCUCGCGGACGAUUGGACAAAGCUUUUCGCAUGCAGGAACAGCGACGUUCUGAACGAACGCCAACAGUUUGUUACUACCACUGUAGUUGUUGUUGCUAGAUACCUUCGGUCCCCGGUUUCGGCAACUAUUGCGGUCAUGAGGCUUCGAAGCACGACAGCUUCUUGUAUACAAGAAGACACCGGUGGAAUACUAGUCCUUAGUAGUAGAAGUAGUGGUUGAGAGAGUGGGCUUUGGAAAAACGGAAUUCUCGCUUGGUGGAAUCAAUCGGCCACUGCAACGAGCAUAAAUAAAACGAGCUCACAUCCCCAGCGUUACAAGCGAGCUUCCAGAGUGAACGAAUAAACAAACGACUCUACAUCUCCGUCUACUACUACGCUCCUCGACUUUCACGAGUUGAGAUCAGCAUUUCUCGUGGUCGUUGUAUUCUCAUCAUCCGCCGCCAUGAUCGCUGCCGCCUCGCUUCUGGCCGUCGCGCUGCCCCUGGCGCUCAAAGUGUCAGCAGCACCACUUCCCGCGUCGGCCACAGCUGAAGGGCUCGACAUCUCUCAGGGCUUGCAGAACAUCCUGGCAAACACCCACGGCAGCGACGCCUACACCUACCCGACCGACUUGACGAGGGGAAUAGUACCGAAACCAAUCCAUUCCCACAACGACUACUGGCGCGACGUGCCAUUCUACACAGCCUUGUCCGUCGGCGCAAUCUCCGUCGAAGCCGACGUAUACCUCUACAACGACACACUAUACGUUGGCCACGAGAUCUCAGCCUUGACGUCCAAACGGACUUUGGACUCAUUAUACAUCCAACCGAUCCUGGACGUAUUGAAGCGCGAGAACCCAAGCUCGGAAUUCGUGCCAAACCCCACACACAACGGUGUGUACGACACAUCGUCCGGUCAAACACUAUACCUGUUCGUGGACCUCAAGUCGGCAGGUAACACGACGUGGCCGGCCGUUGUCAAAGCGCUGCAGCCGCUCCGUGACGCCAAAUACCUGACCACCUGGAACGGGACGGGCAUUACCUGGGGUCCCGUCACCGUCAUUGGCACGGGCAACACGCCGCUCGACCAGGUCCAGCCCGUCCAGCAGCGCGAUUACUUCUUCGACGCCAACUUGGCCCUGCUCAAGACUGACCAGGCCAACAUCACGGCGGGUGUCUCGCCCGUCGCAUCUACCCAGUUCAGCAAAUAUAUCGGCGAGAUCGGGGAUGCCAAAUUCAACGAUACUCAGCUGGAGAUCCUGCGUGGCCAUAUCGAAGAGGCUAAUAAGAGAGGAAUCCUUGCCCGGUACUGGGAUACCCCGGCCUGGCCGCUUAGUACCAGAAACGCCGUCUGGACUACUUUGGUCAAUGAGGGUGUGGGGUUGUUGAAUGCUGAUGAUCUGCCUGAGGCUGCUGGCUUUGGUGGUGUCGCUGGCUUUUGGUAGUAAUCCUAAAGCCGGGUGGAAAUGAUGGAAGUCGGUAGUUCGGCGGGUUCGCCGGAGAGAGAUAUAAUAUAUGAUGCAGGGGAACAAGAUCCCAUCUCGAUGAGGGAAAAAGAACCAAGAACCAUAUAGACAUAUAUAUACUUGCAGGUAGCACCCAUAAUAAUCAGUUGCAAUACAACAUCAGUCGACAGAGACA